AUGCAGCUGCUUUCUCUUUUCGCCGUGCAAAUUGCACUUAGCGCUGCCUUCAGCAUCCCAGCCGGCAUCACCAAGCGCAAGGCUGAAACAAAUGCCACGCUCGUAGCUUACGGCACCAACACCUCGUCAUGGCCAAUUGCCUAUGGCAUUAAUGAUGGCCUCCUCUACAUCACCCAGACACCCGACGACACGGACAACAACCUCACCCCUGUCAGCUGGGAUCUUCCUUCUAUCACCGGCGAGAACUGGAUUGUCAACGCUACGUUUGCCAAUGGCACGCGGGCUGGUUCGCUUUACAUCCGGCCCGAGGAGGACAACGCUGUCGGCGUGCUGCCCAUGACAAGCAUCACGAACAUCAAUGGCACCGUCACCGGCUUCGCCCUCUUUGCCACUCAACUCGUGUACAACAACAACUCGCAGCUGGAAGCUCAAUUCUGGGCUGAAGCGACAAACACGACCGGGAUCUACAGUCUGGUUUGGAACUCAGACGGUGUGGGUUCAACGGAGGAUAGCUGGCCUGUGGUUAUCAAGGGGGUUGAGUCCUGA